AAGGGAAGGGAUGGUUGAAUUGGCAAGUCUUUGAUUGUUUAAAAGCCUUGUUGCAUAUAAAAAUUUCCACCAAGUGAUGGAGAUUUGGGGCAGGGUGUCAGGGGAGGGCAGUGAUAAAUCCAUGUUGAUUAAGGGUUAUGUAAACAAAAAUAAAUAAAACAAUAAAAAGGGAUACUGUUUUUCAUCUCUUGUGUUUAAGCUGGGUAAGCCAUAACCAAAAUAAAUACAUAAAGGGGAAAAAUAAAAUAUUUUGUGUCUCAUUGCAUGCUGUCUAUAUGGAGAAGACAAAGGAGGCUGCUUUCCAUGCACCUGCAUCAGUGCAGGAGCAAUCCCAUGCCACUGAAAUGUCUCUGAAUGAAACAAUUCUGAUAUGAAUUACACCACCUGGUGCCAGAUUGUUUCCAACUGAUGGGACGCACGCCAAUCUAUGUGGUUGGGUUCUACCUAAAUGGUUGAUUCAUUCACAUUCCUGAGAGAUUAUGGGCAGAAUCCAAUGAAGUAAUUCAGUUAGCGCAAGGAUCUAUGGUUGUGCAAUGAAACUUUCCCUCUUCAUGUGACCUCCCCAAAUCUACUUGGGAGAACUACCGUACUGGAGAUCACAUAGGGGGGCAAGGAGGGAGGGGUAAUUUCUGUUACACAGCCAGAAGUCUUCGUGCUAAUGGCACUACUUCAUUAGAUAUCACCUUACAUUAUUUACACUGAAAAGAUACUGGAAGAAUAGCUACGGUUCAUUUAAAGUGUAACUGGAUUCUGUCUGGGAGACCUACUGUUUACUUCCACAAUAAAGUAUAAGUCUGUGGGUAGGUCACCCUUAAUACAAAACAGAAAAAUGAAUUAAUUGGCACCCAUUUCAAGAUUUUCUGGAAGAAGUUGUGUGGGAUACAACAGACUGAUGAAGGAAAUAAGUUAUUGGCCUCACUUGCAUUAUCAGGCAAGUACUAAGCAGGUUAGGUCACUGAAUAGAAGCAAGCCCUGUUGUUUGGGGUAGAUAUAACCAGAUUAGGAUAUAUAGUGUCUUUAGGAAAGUUGCACAGGAGAGGAGUGGGCUAGAAGUAAAUGUCAAACAAGAGGGCUGUAACAUUUCAAGCCAAGUUCCUUAGGCAGCAUAAUACUGAUUGGUGACUUCUUCACUUUGGAGUUGCUACUCUUUGCAUAUCACUAGUAUUAACAACAAACAGAUAAAAUACAUUGUACCAAUUGUAUCCCAUCUGAGAUAGUGUGUUUGUAUAUAAAGGGCAGAAGGGAGGCAUUAUGCCAAGCUGCUAAACAGAUCUUUUUUUAAAAAAAGAAAAAUAUUCAAACUUCCUAAAACCAUGAAAUGAGAAAUACCAUUAGAACCACAUAGAAAUUUUGGCUGUUGUCAAUUGGAACUGAAAGUGGAGGCAGUAAUGAGAAUGGAGGUCAUUCUCGGUGGAUUUGUGGAUGAAGUUCCAAGUGUCUAUGAAUCCCCGAUCGUUGGGGGGGGGGGCUGUCCCAUACCUUAGAAAGGGGUUAAACUUACUUUGCAGAGACUCAUGUUGUCUAAAUGCUGUGUGACAGAUAGUUAGAUUUAAUUUUUACAGACAAUUUAGGUACGUAUUUGUUGUACAUAUCUGAAGUAGAGAAUUUCCUGCCUCCGUGCAGUUUGAACUGGGGGUACCUUCUAGCUCUUGUUUCUACUAAGGAUUCAGUUGACACUGUCAUAUCAUAAAGCCUAAAGAUAAACAAAAAGGCAUGCAACCUUCACUGAAUGUUUGCCUGUUUGGAACCCACAUGACAUACUCCCAUACAGCAGUGAUGGUCAAACUUGGCCCUCCAGCUGUUUUGGGACUACAAUUCCCAUCAUCCCAGGCCACUGGUCCUGUUAGCUAGGGAUGAUGGGAGUUGUAGUCCAAAAACAGCUGGAGGGCCAAGUUUGACCAUCACUGCCAUACAGCGUUGUGUAAUGUUAGCCUGAUGGCGGCUUUUCUGCUGCAAAACAUGGAAGGGGGGCAAUUUGCAGUGGAUCAUAGGAAAUGCUUAAUUCCCCCCCCCCCCCGCCCGGUGAAGGAGUAAAUGUGUAGAGGGGCACAGCAUGUCUGUGCUUUCCAUGCCAGUGUAAUGCUGACUCACACCCAGUUGCUUUUCAUGGAUAAUGUGAACAGCGUGUAUUACUGAAGCAGUUUGCACAUGUCCUUGUAUAAAGUAGGGAGCACCAUGCAGAAAAAACCAAGAGAGGAACGUGGAUCAAUAGCUUGUUCUCAAAAGAUAAGGCACACACUUUAGAAUGUGCUACCGUAGAUGUCUUCUCCGGCUUUAAGUGUUAGAGCUGACAGGGAAAUGUGUUGCAUAUCCAGGCAAAUAUGUACCUAGCUAGCUGAGUCAGUCAGGUGGUGGUGUUUUUUUAAAAAAAUGGUUCUGAGCAAAGAAACGGAGCUGGAGUAUAAAUCCUGCAGCACCAAUUUCAUGUUUGUUUUUUUAAAAAAUGUAUUAAAUUUUCCAUUUUAACAAUCCAAUAAAAACCACAUUAUCUGCAGCACCAAUUGGACUAGACCUUGCUGAAAGGAUUCACAUUACAAGCCCAGUCCAAAUGCAUAGUGAUGAAUGGAAAUGUUUGAUGUUGGGAAUCAAGCAAAUGCAAAGCAACUCUUUGCUGUGUUGCUGGUUCCAUUUGGGCUUUUCACAAGGUGUGUAGAACAAGCAAGAAGGAAGACAGUUGCUGGAGAUAAAAAUUGAGAACCACACAAGGUAAUAAUGCCUGAACUGGGAAUGGUUCAUUGGCAUUAGACUCCUGCCGCAGAAAGUAUCCGGCUAAAGGUGCUGUCAGUAGGGCAACUGGCUUCCUUUUGUGCCUUUUUUAUCACGGAUGGUUAGGCCUUUGUGGCAUCGAAUUUACAGGGAUUAGUAGGUCGUUGAGCCAGCAAGGGCAAAUCAAAAUAAAAGCGUUAAGAAAUAAUGCAAAGAAGCCUCAGAAAAGCGGGGGACGGGACGUGUGGGAACAGACAACUCUCUGGUCUCAACAUCUUGUACUGUACUGAGUGGGUUGGAGGUUCUCAGCUGGGGGGGGGGGGUGUCUGUGUUGCUGUCAGAGAGUUAAGCUCUGCUGCCAGGAAUUUGCAGUUUCUCCCUAGGCCGCGGGGGAUGGAAGAGGGCGGGAGAGCGGGCAGGCUAUGCAACAAGUGGAGAAUUCUCUAUUGGCCUCUGGAAUGCAUGAGCUGAGCAAGGGAUUUCUGUGGACACCCAGCCGCAUGUGAGCUGUGCCUCUGCUCUCGCUGUCCCCUCUGGGGCAGCCGAACCGGGUGAUGGCUUCAUCAGAGCGGCCCCCUGGGAUCUCCCACCACCGCGACCUCUGCCGCCAGACCGUUCAUCUCCUGCGGAAGAUGCGCUCAGAUGUCAGUAGCCUCCUGGAGUCCUACGUUGAGAAACAAGAGUUGGACAAAAACUUCAACCUAGACUCGAUUGACGGCGUGCCAACAGCUGGCACUGAACAAUGGAGCGAGUUUUCAGAUGCCGAGCGGCUAGGAGACAACCUGAAAGCUUAUUGGGCAUUUCAGAUAUUACUGGAUGAAAUCCUGGAAGAGCAGAGGUCCAGCUUGAGCCCGGAUGACACAGAUUUCCAUGAGUCUAUCCAGUCCGUUGUGCUCCAGGUCACGGGUCUCACUUAUCAACUGGAGGAACUGAUGGCAUUGCUGGAGCACAAUGUCCCAGCCAAAGAGUUGGGAAGUAUCAGAGAUGCUGGUGGAAAGAGCUCCUUUGAGAAGAAAAUGAGGGGCAUGAAAGUACUGCAGGAGCUUGCCCACUGGACUGUCCGGUCUGUCCGGGACCUGCACCAUAUCUCCAAGUCUGUUCAGACAGGCGCCAUCCCACGUUUGAGUCACCGCUUGGCUCAAGCCCAGAAGAAAUGAGGCUGCUCUUCUCUGUCGAGGUUCUUUCCUUUCCAAAGGCCGUACCUCCCUCUCAGCUGUGGUGUAGUGGAUUGGUACAGUAUGGUCAGAGUGAGCCCUCUGAUGAGAGAGUUGGAGUGACUAGUGCUUUCCAGACGUUAGUAUUUAUUUCCUUUUGAGAAACCCUCAAAUUCAAGCUGCAUACCAACAUUGAUUUUGGGGUGGAUUCACACAACCUUUGAAAUGGAGACUUCAGUGACCGCAUGCCAGUUGCGGCUGACUUACACACACUUUGUCCAAGGAUUCAGGGUGGGUUGCAGUAUGUGUAGCUUUAGAGAAACCUCGGGAAUUAAUCUGGGGGAGGUCAGCCAGCAGGUUUACAGGAUGAACCAGAGAUUUCAGCCUCUCCUUCCCACCACGUUCUGAACCCUGCAGUCUUAUUUGCCGUUGCUGUUUGUUUGAAGUUUGCAUCAAAAUCCUUUUUGACUUCCAUACACUGGGAGGGGGAGAAAGCUUUUACUUGAGUUUGACUUGACAGCAAGUCAUGUGAAUCCACCCCUGCUGAGUUUCACUUGGGCAAAUUCAGCUACAGUGAUUGUGUAAGCUGGAUCCAAUGAAGCAUUGCAGGGGGUUGGACUAGAUGACCCUCAUGGUUCCUUUCGACUCUGCAAUUCUAUGAUUCUAUGCCAUGGUACAUGAUAAAGCCCUGCUCAGAUCUUGGAACUCACAACUUGUCACAGGCAUCUAUUUGGCUGUUCAAGAGGGUUGGACCUUUUAGGAAAGUGUGAUAAGGUAGCACAGGAGACUACAGUAGAAAAAGUGAAUUUGCAAAAUCAGCUCCGCACUCCCUUUCAGCUCACAGAAUUCUCCGCUGGAAUAAUGAUUCUUCAAUUCAGGGGAGGGGCACAGUACAUGUAGGGUUGUAUGGACCCUUUGAAGUCCAGUUUGUCCCAGUUCACCAUGGGGAUUCUAAAGUAGAUCACAAUCAGACCCAGGUCAUGAUCCACCCAGAUCAGAUCAGGUUAAGUCUGCUUUGGAAUCUGGCUCCUGCGGAUUCCUCCCCCAGCCCUAGAUACACAAAGGCUAACAGCUGGGGAAAGAAUAUUUGUUGGCCUGGAGAUCUGACGAAGCUCCGCUACUUGGAGUAAAUAAAGAUGAAAAUGUGAUGUCCAACAAAUGGAAGAAAUUAAAGCCACCCCUUUUCAAGUUCUCAGUUUUACUAUUACCAGAAGAAGUUGUAUAAUCCACUUUCCAGGAAUGCUUCAUUUUGCUUAUGAACUGGAACAGGAUGGAGGCAUAAGAGCUCCUGCAAGCUUUUUUUUUUUAAGUGCCAGGCAAACUAAUGCAAAUUCAUUGCUAAUUCAUUCACUUCAAUGAGAGGAUAUUAUGGAAGUGUCUGAAUAGGGUUCUAAAAUUGCCUGUGCCCCUCGUGCAUUCUUUGAAAAGUCUCACAGCAGGCUCCAGGAGACCCUGUUUCUUCCCAUGGAAGGCUGGCUGUCGACAGAGAAUGUUGCUUAUGCGCCAGAAAGCUCCUGCACUAAACCUGCUUUGCUAACGCUUUGCACAGGGACAAGUGCUUCAUUUACGCAGGAAAGGGGCCCAUUUAAUAGUUCUAGGCUCACUGACACUGAAACUAUAUUUAACCAUGACGUUGAAAGACUGUACGUAUACAAAAGCAGGUUAGUAUUUUCUGGAAGUGGCUGCUUUCAAACCAAAGCAGUUGGCAUUUUGUUUUUGCUAACCUAACCGGUUAGGUUUAUUACAUAAGGCUGCAAUCCUUAGUAGAGAGAGGAGUAAGCGAUGUUGAACACAUCAAGCUUUACUUCUCAGUAAAUUUGGAAAUGCACAGCUUGGCAAUGAGCUAUGUGGCUGCAAUACUUAGGAUCAAAUCCUACUGAACAUAGGAAUUAUUUCUGAGUAAACAUGGACAGGAUUGUGGAGCUAGUCACUUAAAUGGACUGCUGUUUUUUCUCUGGGGAAGGUGCAAAAUCUUUUUUAAAAAAUGGAUUUAAUAUAUAAAUGUGUACAGAUUGGCUAAUCAUUCAUGUGGAGCCUUUAAUCUAUGCCAACUGUUAUUUAAAAUGAGCUAAAGGAGAGGGGGGUUUACUUUUUAAUCUGCAUUGGUUCUAUGUUCUUGGAGCAACUAGCAUGAAUGAAUUAACCCAUAGGGUGACUUCUCUGAAUGUGUGUGUGUGAGAGAGAGAGAAAGCAGGGGCAAGGAGACUUCAGAGUGUCAAAAAAUCCCAGCAGGAAAUGUUAAAUGUUCGGUCCUGUGUGCCUAAUUCAGAAGAACGAAACUAAAAGUGGCUAGAAUGAGUUGUUGUUUGGGUCGAAGACUCUUUUAAUUGGUGGGGAAGAGUUUCUGCCAAAUGAUCUAGGGCAAUUAUAGAAGAACAGAGUGUUUGUUAACCGCACAAAGGAGAUGGUAAAGGGAUGGGGUUUUUCAAUCCAUCUCUCAAAUUAAAACAGGUUUGGUGAUGGAGAGCGUCUGUGUGUUACAUGGCUUGCACUAGCGUCCUGGGAUUCUGCACCAAAUUAAUCCAAAUUUUGCUCUCUGACUAAAAAGAUCAGGAUUGUAAGUCCUAUUCAGAAUAGAUCCAUUUACAUUAAUGAACCUAAGUUGGCCGUGUCUAUUAACUUCAGUGAGUCUGCUGUGUGUGGAACUGGCAUUGGCUGUCACUCAUAGAUGCCACUCAUAUAUUUAACCUGCUUAACUGAUAGGAGUCUUUUGUUGAAUCUGGAAUACUUUGGUGACAGAAGGAAAGAGACAAAUAAGGGGGAAAGCAACAGAAUGUCUGUGGGAAGGGGAACGUGACUAGAGUCCUUUGCAUUCUUCCUUAGGGAGUGAUUUCCAUUGAACUCAGUAGGAUUUACUUCUGUGUAAACAUACUCAGGAUUGGGCUGGGAAGGUUAAGAAGAGGAGCCAGGUCACACAGAAGCUUAUUCUCUGAAUACUGGACUUUAAAAAAAAAACCUACCUACUUCUGCUGUAUAAAGGUGGGCUUUUUUUUCUUUCCCAAAUAUGACUUCCGCUGAAUAAAGGUAAAAUUCCCAACUUCUAACUCCAGAUUCUGUGUAAAAUUCAGCACUGGUGGCCAAUGACCCCUUACCUUUCCUGUGAAGGUGUGUUGGGUGGGGUGUUUUGCUUCCGCUGCUAUUCACACAUGGGGAGAGAAUGUCAAAGCACAGGUAAUGCUUGGAGAGGUUAGGCUAGCCUUCCCCCAUAUGAUGUCCUCCAGAUGUUGCCAGAUUUAGCCGCCAGCAUCCCUGACCAUUGGCUUGGUGAUGCUACGGUAGCAGGGAAUGAUGAGAACAGGAGUCCCAUCACAAACAUCUGGAGGGCACCAGGCUGCAGAAGGCUGGAUUAGACCAAUUCACAUUUCCAUAAUCCAUAUUUUGAAGGAGCUCCUCUGAAGGCUAUGGCCUAUUUUAUAUAGAGAGAAAAUAGUGCUCUUUCAUUGACUAGGAUUCAGACUUAGCAUUCUACGUAUGAAUGGAUGGGCACUUUCUGUUCAUAAAAGUGACUUGGUCUAGCAAGGGGAGUGGAUUUUUGCUAAUUUCCCUAUUCCCCAAUGCAAGUUCCCAUGCUGUCCUCCCCCCCAGCCUCUGGAUCAGAUUUGGCAGAGACUGCAUGGAAAGAGGAAAUUAGUGAAAUAUAUAUGAAUGGCACAAUUCAAUUUCCCACUAGAGGUCACCUUUAUCCACUGUGCUGUUUCUAACUUGAAUAUUUAUAUUUAUGCUAUAUUUUAAAAUGUGAAAUGUUUCUUCUAGCAAGUUUUUUUUUUUAUAAAAAAAACCUUUAGAAAUGUAUGAAACCUAUAAUUAUCGGAGGUGCUUCCUUAUUUUAUAUUGUGAGUUAAGAAGAAAUGCCUCCCGAAAUAAAAUUUUGAGUUUUCUAACUUGGAAGCAGAGUGAAAAUAUCACAGUUGCUUCCCAGUUGUGAUCUCACUUGUUGCAAGAAGGCUUUUCGCAUCUAGAAAAAGAAACGGCCUCGGUCCGGUAUACCUGAAGGAGCGUCUCCACCUCCAUCGUUCUGCCCGGACACUGAGGUCCAGCUCCAAGGGCCUUCUGGCGGUUCCCUCACUACGAGAAGCCAAGUUACAGGGAACCAGGCAGAGGGCCUUCUCGGUAGUGGCACCCACCCUGUGGAAUGCCCUCCCACUAGAGGUCAAAGAGAACAACAAUUACCAGACCUUUAGAAGGCAUCUCAAGGCAGCCCUGUUUAGGGAAGCUUUUAAUGUUUAAUGGAUUUCUGUAUUUUAAUGUUUGAUGGAUUUCUGUAUUUUAGAAUUUCUGUUUUGUUGGAAGCCGCCCAGAGUGGCUGGGGGAACCCGGCCAGAUGGGCGGGGUAUAAAUAAUAAAUUAUUAUUAUUAUUAUUAUUAUUAACAUAACAUUAUUAAGAGGGUAAUUGGUUACACACAACCAAUGUAAUUGCUUGAAAACCAUUUUGAUCAACUAAACGUGUCCCACAGUUACUCGGACAGAUUUUUUUUAGAGCAUACAUUUAAAUAUAAGUAAUUAGAAAAACUUUAGAUGGCCAAGUGCAGUCUUAGGAGAAGCAUUUCCCACCUCAUCUCUCCCACAUUGGAGAGAAUGCCUCUCCUAAGAACAUGGUGUCUAAAGCACAUGCAUCAAUGGAUCAUCUAAAAGGUGGAUGGGGAAACCUGUGGCUCUCCAGAUGAUUUUGGACUCCAUCUCCCAUCAACCCCAGCCAGCAUGGCCAAUGGUCAGGGAUAAUGGGAGUUGUACUUCAGCAACAUUUGGAAAGCCACAGGCUCCCUACCCUGCUCUAAAAACAAACUAUGCUUCUUACUAUAUGCUACCCAUUUGUCAAUUUAACCAAUUAAUGGAUUAAUCCCCAAACUGAUGUGGUUAAAGAUUUGUUUAAUUGUUUGAGAGCCCUAAUUAUUGAUUGCGCCAAAGUGUGUUAAAAUAAUUUGAUUAAAUAAAGUUGAUUUAUUUUUAACAGGA